UUUAGUGAUUUUGUUAUGCAACUUUUAUAUAUUCAAGUGCAAGAAAGUGAUGAUCAAAAACAGGGUCAAAAUACAGUAGAAAUGACAUCUGAAUCUGGGUCAGUAGAACAUCAUCAGGCCACACAAGCUGAUGAGGAAGAGGAGGAAGAUGAAGAGGAGUCUGUAGAUAUUUUAGAUGGACCCACACAGGGUCUACAGGGAAUUAACGUCAACAGAUCAGCCUACAGACACCAAGGCAAACAUCCAGUGGUUAAACAGCACAAGAAUACACCCCAGACAAAUCUGCCAGAUGCUGAGACAAGUCCUGAUAUUACAAUUUUAUGUGAGAAAUGUCAGGACUAUGUCCACCUCCUACAUCUACAAGAACACAGGAAGUACCAUAAAGCCCUAGCAACCAUGAAAUAUGGAAAAAAGUUGCCUAGGCCACAAAAUAUUGAAAUGUUGCUGAAAAGAAGAAAUGUAAUAUUGAGAAAAAUGAAGCAGACUGCUGCUAGUUUAGGAAACCACAUUGAACCUCGAGAAAUUCAGAAGAUAAAUGAAGCUUAUGAAUAUUUAAAAACAGACAUUGAUGGAACUUUAGCACAGUUACAGCAGAUGAGAGAGGAUCUGGAUGUACAUGUGAAUGGUUCAUCCUUGAACUGUAGUCCAGAUUGUGUGUACGCUGUUGGCUUUUGCUCCCAUGGAAAUAAUCGCUGGAAGAACCAGAUGGAGGAUACAAAAGUCUAUCAAGAUUCAUUUGGUGAAGAUAAUGAUAAAUGUUUUAUGGCCGUCUACGAUGGAUAUCAUGGAAGAUUUGCAUCAGAUGUUGCUGCUUCUGAACUUCAUCACAUGCUUUUAAAUGAAAUGAAGAAAUUUGACCCCAAAACUACUUCAACAAAGGCAACAAAUAUGGCAGACAAUAUGGAGGACAUAUCUAACUACAAGUUUGAUAGACCAACCACAAAAGAAAGUGAGAGGGAAGUACUUUACGAGGGAAGUAUGAACAUUGUUGAUCAAAUUAUCAAGCUUUGUGAGUCAAAAUAUGAUGAUAUGAUGACCCCAAGGUCUGGGCGUUCAUCUAAAGCUUUAGAAUCUGAGAGGAGCAAAGAGCAGCUAAUACCAAUUGAAGAAGAAAAGUCUGAUUAUGAGAAGUCACUUAGAGAGGAGAAAACGCCAAGGAACAAAAAACAAGCUAAACCACCAAUGUCUAUUAAAAUGGAAGAAGCUUUUAAAAAAUCCUACCAACUUUUAGAUAUUUUGCUGUCAUAUGGAAAGGAUGAGUGUUCAAGGGUGAGAUGGAGUGGGUGCUCUGCUACUACCUUGAUAUUGCAUGGUAUGGACCCAAAUAAAGUAGAUAGAGAUUGGGUUAUUUCCCCUGUCAAAGAAGAAGAUGGUGAAAACCAGGAAGAAGGUGACACAACACGUAAACCUUCAGGAUUUGAGGAACCAAGGACACUUGGUCUUUUACAUUUAGCUAAUGCAGGGAAUGUCCAUUGUGUUUUAGUGAGAGGGAAUCAGCCUUACAGGAUAACAAGAGAGCAUACACCAAAUAAUGAAAAGGAAUUAAAAAGAGUCCUCAAAGCAGGUGGAGAUAUUAGUGAAAGUAAAAAAGAAAAGAGAGUAAAUGGGGUUUUAAGUACCACAAGAGGACUUGGUAACCAUGGUGAUGUGAAGUUAAAGAAAUGUGUUCUAGUAGAGCCAUACACCACAUCAGUACCAAUAGACCAGUAUGCACAGUUUCUUAUUUUAGCUUCACACGGAGUCUGGGAAGUGUUCACCCCACAAGAGGCUACAUCUCUUUUACUGAAGUUAUUGCCUAGCAACUUUGUUCCAGUACCAAGUAAAAUUAGUACUACUCUCCAACCUUUAAUGGAAGACAUGAAUAGUCAACAUAUUACUACAUCACAUUCAAAUUUCUCACCAUCUGUUGCUAAGCUACAUCACCAAGAUAACACAAUAGCUGAAAAAGAGGAGGAAAGGGAGUUAUCACCACUCAUUGAUGAACGUCUUAGAAAAAUUGAAAAUAAGAGUCCAAACACUGAAGCAGACCUGAAAACUGAAAUUGGAAGUCACAUGGGUGACUCAGAUGGAGAAUCUGGAAAUGAGGCUGAUGUAGAAACCUAUGGAGACUAUUUAUCGAUCCCUGCAUUCUCUAGAAUGUCAAUUAUAAAUCCUAAUCAUACCAGGGACACAUAUCAUCGUGAGUUUGCCAAAGUUAUGGCCGAACAUUUAGUACAGGCUGCCUUGCAAGCAGGAGCUAAGGAUAACAUAACAGUUACUAUUGCCUUGUUACCUGGAUGUGGUUUAUAAUCUACAAUAAACAAAAGUUAAACUUCAUGUUUAUUAUUCUAGAAAGUUCUUGUUGCUGUGAAAAGGAAAAUAAAGUGAAACUUUAUCUGUAAACUCAUCAUAGAUACCAGGCUUAAAAUUUUGUACGCCAGAUGUGCAUUUUGACUACAAAAGAAUUACUGUGACUUGACUAUAGGUGUUGCUCUCCAUCUAUUGCAGUUUUUAUCAAACCAAACUGUUCAACUAGACAGAAAUUUUGACAAAUUGCUGUAGAAAACACAGUCAAGUGGUGAAAGUGCAAGGUGUUUUAAUAAAGCAUACUUACAUUCCUAUAAGCCUUUAAUUUCACUUCAUUGAUAUUAUGAUAAAUCAGUAACAAUUUCUAUACAAAUUUUAUUUUAAUUGUCAUGCUAAAGGUAAUAGAUAGUAAUUUUUUAAUUGCUAUAAAAAUUUCCAAACAAAGCUUUCAUACAAUUUUUCUUUCGAAAAGUCUUCUCUAUCCAUAAGAAUCUGACAUCUUUUGAAUUAAAACAUCUUAUAUUCAGUAAAAUAUAUGUGAAAUUACAAUACAUUGUUAAUAAGUUUCCAUGGGAGAUAAUCUAAAAAGCAUUGAUCUUUUGACAUAUCAAUUUUAUCUCCCUUUAAAACUUCAAGAGCAUAUAUUUAAGCUUCAAGUAUAUUUCACCAAGUAUUUUAGAGAUUAAUUCAAAGAAAGCUUUGUAGCAUGCAUAGAAAAACUUCAUUUUAUUAGAAAUAAUCCAAAAACUUAAAUUAAGACAUUUUUUUAUCAAUUCAAAAACCUUUUGCAUGACAAUUACAAUAAAAUUUGUUUAGAAAUUGUAGACCGUUUUUUCAUAAUAUCAAGGAAGUGGAAAUAAAGUCUUAUAGAAUUGUAAAUAUGCUUUAUUUUAUCACCUUGCACUUUCACCACUUAACUGUGUUUUUCUAAAGCAGUUUGUUAAAAUUUUUGACCCGUUGAACAGUUUGGUUUGAUGAAUUUUAAAAUUGCAAUUUGGUAAGAAUUUUGCAAUAGGUGGAGAGCAACGCUUACAGUCAAGUUACAGUAAAAGGCUAAUCAGCAUUGAAAUUUUUUUUUUUGAAACUUAAUUAUAUUGCCUCAUUUUAGCAAAAGAGUGAAAGUUGUAUCACUAUCACCAUUGACAGCUGACCUGGUUUGGAUGUCAGAAAAGUCACAAAGACAAAUUAACUGAGUAUCUUAUAUAAACUUUAAAAAAAAAAAAAAAAAUUUA